AGACAAACCGCGAAGCAAACGAAAUUAUAGGUUAUGUUGAUCGUGUAGCGAUUCCGAAUAUCCUGUCAAAUCUGAAAAACUACCCCAUUUUUUGGCAUUUCCGAGUGCGCGAAAGACGAGGCUGUUCUUAACGCCGUCGUUGGUAAAUUCAUUUCUUCCAAAAAUUUUGAAAAGUAACUUAAAAGAAGAAAGUAUGAGUGACGUAUCUAAGGUAACGCAACGUAAGGGAAAAUCGAGCGAAAAACCGGUCGAAAAACCCCACGAAAAUAAUAAAGAAGAAAAAGGCGAUGAAAAAAUUGUACCAAAAUUUGGACUUUUACCACGAUUUCCUCACCAAAGAGUUUGGAGUAGGCUCGUUUUGGUAAUCGGGAUUAUGAUUUACGUUUAUUAUUAUUCAACUAAAGUAAAAGUGGUAACGUUCGCUAGACAGGGUGAAAUUUUGGAGCAGAGAGGGCAUAAUUUUCAAUGUGAUGUUGAUUUUGAAGAAGAUUUAGUUAAUUUUCCUGAGUGUACACCUGGAGCUUGUGGUCGAUUUGUUUCAGAUAAAAUUGUUACUAGUACUGAAGCUGAAAUACUCUUAAAACUUGCUAAAAAAGGUUUAGAAUUAGGCGGUUCUGACGGUGGGGCCUCCGUUUUAGAUUUACAUUCCGGUGCUCUUUCAUAUGGGAGAAAAUUCAUCAAUGUUUAUUCAUUAGAAAAAUCAGAUGAAGUAUUUACUGCACCUGAUUUAACCGUUUACAAAAUAGUUAAAGAAAAAAUAAAAUAUGCCAUAGCACAAUUAUUUGAUCUCCACCCAGACUUCAUUUACUUAACACAUCCAACAUUUUUCAGUAGAUUAACAAACGCUGAACCUAAGACUGAACACGACGAAUACUGGCAUACACAUAUCGAUAAGGAUACCUAUGAAUCCUUUCAUUAUACCUCAUUGUUAUAUCUUAACGACUACAAUUAUGAUUUUCGAGGGGGGAGAUUUGUUUUUGUUGAUGGACCAUUUGAAAAACGUACCAAUGUUACCGUAGAACCACGUAAGGGAAGAGUUUCCAUGUUCACCUCCGGCGCUGAAAAUACACAUUUCGUUGAACGUGUCGAAUCAGGCACUAGAUACGCUGUUACAAUUUCUUUUACAUGCGAUAUAACUAAAUCAAUUGAAGAUCCUGUUAUUCCAGAUUAGAAGGAUUCAUUUUAUUUAACUAUUAGUACUUAUUCAAAGUAUUAUUUUUAGUUUUUAUGUUAUGAAGAUGGUUAAAUGUUGUUUGAAUAAAUGUAAUUUGUUUUUUGACUGUUUAAAAA